GAAUGCUAAAGUAUCUAAAGAAGAAUCAGUUCAUAAACAUCCAAAAAAACGACAAAGAAUUCCUAAUAUUCCAUAUUCACCACCAUNACAUAGCAAAAAACCAAUAGCUAAAAAACAAAAGAAUAAUGAAAAAAUUACUAAUGCAUGCAAUGUAAAAACACAGCAACUCAGUAAUGCAUUAUCUUCAUCGUCAGAAGAAGACUCUUCAAAUGAAGAUAAUAAUUCUGUCGAUAAUCAGGAGGAGAAUAAUAUUUCUCACGAUUUGGUUCAUGACAAAAACCAACGCCAACGGACAGCUACUUCAACAAUUGUUGCACUUGUAAGACGACUCAGAGAAAUGGAAGAAACAAAUAAGCAUCUUCAAACACUUGUAAAAGAAAAAAGAACAUUGUCACCAUUAUCUUCAUCAGGAGUUGAAUCACUUUUCGAUAUCACAGACAAGGAAAAUAGACAUGUUAAAUCCCAAAAUAAAGCGUCUGGGAGCACAGAUCUAACGAGAAAACAAGUGACAGAUAUAAUAGAUAACAAUAAUGUUGUCUCUGAACAAAUGAAACAUAAUGAAGCAGUACCCAAAACUAUUUUGCAAUCAAAUAAAUCAUACNAAAGUCAAAAUACGUGCUCUACUAUAUGCAAUGCACUUGAUGUUUUAAACUCUCGCAAUGAAGCAGUGUCAGAACAGGAACUUAAUGAAGAUAUACAAGAUAUACAAGAUACACAAGAUAUACAAAAUAUAGAAGAAUCUUUCCAAAAUGAUCCACGUCAACUUCAUCAAUUAUAUGGAAAAGAUUUUAACGAAGAUGGAGAAACGAUGAUAUUACUUAGAAAUAAUAUUUUUUGUAAAUCUUCAGUCUUGCACUAUGCUCUUGGUUCUUCAACAAAAACAACACAUUUGGUCCGAAAACUAGUGCUUGGAGUAUUUAAAGAAGAGAUUUUUAAAAAAGGACAAAANGAAGUUACUUUUACUGGCAAUGCACCUCGUAUUCUUUUAGGAGGAAAGCAACCUGGAGUAAAAUAUUUUGGCAUUGAUGUUGUUGCCAGAUCAGCAAUUAUAAAAUAUGCAAAAGCAGUAGCAAAACAUAAAAAAUGGCCACAUGUUCGAACAAAGGAUCUUGAGAGAACACUGUCGCAAAGAAUUGGCGAAAUCAAACGUGAAUAUAAUAAUACAACAUAAUAAUACUUUCUAGCCAUUUAUUUUCUGUAUGACAUAUUUUAAUAUNACGUUAAUUAAAGACUGUUAAAUGAUUUAAAGUAAUAUAAUUACAAAAUAAUUUUGUUUCUGUGAAAAGAUUUUGUUUUAAAUUUAUAUUUAAAAUUUGUUUAAAAUGUAGAUAUUACAUUAUGAUUUAGAUGAUUUUGACUUUGUAUUUAGAUAAUACAAUAUAGACUAAUAUAUACACGACUGAUGUUAGUUUAAGCAAUACUUUUUUUUGUAUUUCAAGUUUAAUUACAAUACNGUUGUUUCUCUAAAAAGAGAUUUUGUUUCAAAUUUAUAUUCAAAAUGUUUANAAUCUAGAUGUUAUGAUUUAGAUACUUUUUACUUUGUAUUUAGAUAUUGAUAUAUGCACGACUGAUGUCAAGUUUCA